GGAUUGAACCUUAAGGAAUUGAUUGUUACAAUAGUGGUUGGUCUAUACCAAAUAAAGUACUGAAUUGUGCAGAAAAAUUAUUUUUAUGGCCUUUUGGAUGAAUGACUACUCUAUCAAAAGAAUUUUAUUGCCCAUCAGGAACUUAUUUAAAAUUUUCUUUCAUAUCUGGAAUAUUUGAUUCUUGGGAUCGCGAAUAUUUAUUUAUUUAGGUGGAUGACGAAAUAAUUGAUAAAAUUAAGUAUUUUUGUUUUGAUGGAAAAUAUAUAUGUCGUAACACCAUUUGGUAGGAUUAAUUAGUGGAGAAGGCAAUUACAUUUGUAUCUAAAUCGGGAAAAAUAAAAUAAAAAUUUCUAUAUAUGAUAAAUUAGAUCAUCCUCUUGAUGAUGGUGAUGUAUACCUAUAUUAUAGAAUCAUGGGAAAUUAGAGAUAUAAGAUUAGAGAUUGGAUAUCCAUGUGUUGAUUUUUUAGUGAGUGCAAUUUUCAACUGAAAAUCACACAAUUCCAACUAAAUAAAUACCAUUCUAGAUUAAAUCAAUUGUAAUAAUGAGUGGAAUUUGUUGUAAAAUUAAAGAAUCCAAAAUAUAUGGG